AUGUCCCACCGUGACUUAACCAACAACGGAUACGUGGACAGCCCUCGUAACCCCUUUGACGACGGACUGGGUCUGUACGAUCUGAGCCAUUUUGAUGAAGCUGCUCUGGAUGAGUUGCUCCAACACUCUCCCGUGGAUGACUCCAACAGAAACAGCUACAACGGCUACUACGUCGACAGAAACACCCGCCCCAUGUCGCUGCCUUCCCAGCAGGGCAACUUGGUCGCUCCCACUGAGUUCAACAGGUACCCUAGUCUUGCCAACCUGAGAGAACACUCCCUGACAUCGCUUCUGGAGCAGUUCAAGAGAUCCCACUCCCAGUACACGCAGUUGACCCAGAAUGGCCUGGAAACCACCUCCAGCAACGGCGAGAACGUGCUGGACCCUUUUUUGGCCAAAGUGGACCUUUCCCCGUUCGGUGGGUACCCUGCUGACCAGUUCCCUCUUCACAUUGAUGAAAAGGAACCGGACGACUACUUGCACAACCCAGACCCCAUCGCCGACGCUGCAUACGACAAGAAUAGGUUCUGGUACGAUCUCAAGCACAUGGACAGACGCGUGGGUUUUGGUCUCCUAGGCUUCAUUCUUCUUUUGCUCGGUGCCAUCGCUGUCUUCAUUCUUAUUCCCGUGCUCACCUUUUCGGGCGUCACCAACCCUUACAAGCCAGAGUCCUACGAGGUUUUGACCCCCUACACCUACCCGCUCUCCAGCGCCAUCAGAACGUCUUUGAUCGACCCUGACACCCCAGAGGACGAGCACACUAGAGUUAGCUCCAACGGCGAUGAGUGGGUCUUGACUUUCUCGGACGAGUUCAACGCCGAAGGCAGAACUUUCUACGACGGAGAUGACCAGUUUUUCCAGGCGGUGGACAUCCACUACCAGGCCACUCAGGAUUUGGAGUGGUAUGACCCUGACGCUGCCACCACCUCCAACGGUACCCUUCACAUCACCUUGGACGCCUACAAGAACCACGACUUGUUCUACAGAUCGGCUAUGCUUCAGUCGUGGAACAAGAUGUGUUUCUCUGAGGGUCUUAUUGUCACGUCGGUUAACUUGCCUAACUACGGUCACAAGUUGGGUCUCUGGCCUGGUCUUUGGACUUUGGGUAACUUGGCCCGUCCAGGUUACUUGGCUUCUACUGAGGGUGUUUGGCCUUAUACUUACGACUCGUGUGACGCCGGUAUCACCGCUAACCAGUCGUCGCCAGAUGGUAUCUCCUACUUGCCAGGUCAAAAGUUGAAUGCUUGCACGUGUUCGGGUCAGGACCACCCCAACGCCGGCACGGGUCGUGGUGCUCCUGAGAUUGAUAUCAUUGAGGGUUCCAUUGAUGACACCCUUAAGACCGGUGUGGUGUCCAUGUCGUACCAAAUUGCUCCAUACGAUGUGUGGUAUUACCCAGACUACAGUUUCAUUGAGAUUCACAACAACGAGGUCUGUGCCAUGAACACCUACACUGGUGGUCCAUUCCAGCAGGCCGUGUCCGGUCUUGUCACCUUGAACACCACCUGGUACGAGCGUGGUGAGGGUGCUGGUAAGUUCCAGGAGUACGGAUACGAGUACAUGAGCGACAAUGACGAUGGUUACAUCACCUGGUAUGUCGGUAAGGGCAAGGAAGGUGCUGCUUUCACCUUGCACGCGUGGGCCUUGAGCCCUAACGGUAACAUUGGUUGGAGAAGAAUUUCCAAGGAGCCCAUGGCCAUCGUUAUCAACUUGGGUAUCUCCAACUCGUGGGCUUACAUUGACUGGCCUUCCCUCAUUUUCCCAUCGCACAUGAGAGUGGAUUACGUGAGAAUCUACCAGCCUCCAAAUUCCAUCAGCAUGACUUGUGACCCUGACGGCUACCCAACCACCGAGUACAUUGAGAACCACAAGGAUGCCUACUACAACAACAACCACACAUCGUGGGAGAUGGCCGGCUUCACGUUCCCAAAGAACAAGGUUGUUGGGUGUUAA